AUGGCUGGGAUUAAUUUUACAUUAAGGGUUUGCCAUUUGGUUCUGGGAUUACUCGUAAAUCAAUUUAGUGCAUCUUCCAUACCGAAUAAUGAAUGUCCACAAUUGUGCGUCUGUGAGAUAAGGCCGUGGUUUACACCCCAGUCGACCUAUAGAGAAGCUACAACAGUUGACUGCAACGAUCUUCGUUUAACAAAAAUCCCCAGUAAUCUUUCCAGUGAUACUCAAGUUCUUCUCUUGCAAAGCAACAACAUUGCCAAGACCACUGAUGAGCUCCAACAGCUUUUCAAUUUAACAGAAUUGGAUUUUUCACAGAAUAAUUUUACUAGUAUAAAAGACGUGGGGCUGUCAAAUCUUACUCAGCUCACUACUUUACAUCUGGAGGAAAAUCAGAUCACGGAGAUGACAGAUUACUGCUUACAGGAUCUGUGCAAUCUUCAGGAACUUUAUAUAAACCAUAACCAAAUCAGUACCAUUUCUGCAAAUGCGUUCUCAGGCUUGAAGAACCUUUUAAGACUUCAUCUUAAUUCCAACAAAUUAAAAGUUAUUGACAGUCGCUGGUUUGAUUCUACACCCAACUUGGAAAUUCUGAUGAUUGGGGAAAAUCCUGUCAUUGGGAUAUUAGAUAUGAAUUUCAAGCCACUCUCAAAUUUAAGAAGUCUGGUUCUGGCUGGUAUGUACCUGACUGACAUCCCUGGAAAUGCUCUAGUAGGCUUGGAUAGUCUUGAAAGUCUCUCCUUUUAUGACAACAGAUUAGUUAAAGUUCCUCAGCUUGCACUUGAGAAAGUUCCAAAUUUAAAAUUUUUGGAUCUUAACAAAAACCCAAUCCACAAAAUCCAAGAAGGAGACUUCAAAAACAUGCUUCGGUUGAAAGAACUUGGAAUCAACAAUAUGGGAGAGCUGGUCUCUGUUGACAGGUAUGCACUAGACAAUCUUCCUGAACUUACCAAGCUUGAAGCAACGAACAACCCAAAGUUAUCUUAUAUACAUCGUUUAGCAUUUCGGGAUGUUCCUGCUCUGGAAAGCCUGAUGCUUAACAAUAAUGCCUUGAAUGCAGUCUACCAAAAAACAGUGGAAUCCCUGCCAAACUUGCGUGAGAUCAGCAUUCACAGUAAUCCCCUCAGGUGUGACUGUGUCAUCCACUGGAUAAACUCAAACAAGACUAAUAUCCGUUUCAUGGAGCCCUUAUCAAUGUUCUGUGCUAUGCCACCAGAAUACAGAGGGCAGCAAGUCAAGGAGGUGUUAAUACAGGAUUCCAGUGAGCAAUGUCUUCCAAUGAUUUCUCAUGACACAUUUCCAAAUCAUUUGAAUUUGGACAUCGGCAUGACUGUCUUCUUGGAUUGUCGGGCUAUGGCAGAGCCAGAACCUGAAAUUUAUUGGGUAACUCCACUUGGGAAUAAAAUAACUGCUGAAACCCUUUCGGACAAAUACAAGCUCAGCAGUGAAGGGACUCUGGAAAUAUCAAAUAUUCAGACCGAGGAUUCAGGGAGGUACACAUGUGUGGCUCAAAACAUAGAAGGAGCAGAUACAAGAGUAGCUACAAUUCGAGUGAAUGGAACACUGCUGGACGGUACUCAAGUUCUGAAAAUAUAUGUCAAACAAGCAGAAUCUCACUCAAUCUUGGUGUCUUGGAAGGUUAACUCUAACGUAAUGACAUCCAACUUGAAAUGGUCAUCCGCUACAAUGAAGAUUGAUAAUCCUCACAUUACCUAUACUGCUAGGGUCCCGGUGGAUGUGCAUGAAUACAACCUCACACACUUGCAACCUUCCACAGAUUACGAAGUCUGCCUCACUGUAUCUAACAUCCAUCAGCAAACUCAAAAGUCCUGUGUUAAUGUUACAACAAAAAAUGCAGCAUUUUCCCUUGAGAUUACUGACCAAGAAACAAGCACAGCUCUGGCUGCAGUCAUGGGAUCCAUGUUUGCUGUUAUUAGUCUUGCCUCUGUUUCUGUCUAUGUUGCUAAGAGGUUUAAGAGGAAAAACUACCACCAUUCACUGAAAAAGUAUAUGCAAAAGACCUCCUCCAUUCCUCUGAAUGAACUGUAUCCUCCACUUAUUAACCUCUGGGAAGGUGACAGUGAAAAAGACAAGGAGGGCACUGCAGAAACCAAGCCAACUCAAGUGGACACGUCCAGAAGCUAUUAUAUGUGGUAA